GGGAUAUUUGAACAUUUCGUUUGCAAGCAACGGUCGCACAAUUUUUCAGCCAUUCUCCAAUCUAUCAGAUGGUUUUAUGAAGAAAUUUUAUUUUUCGUCAAUUAUUCAAGUUGAAAACAUCAAUUCUACGAAAUAAAUACGACAACAACACCGACAAAUUUAGUGAUCAGCUCGUUUAUGUACAAAUUUUGUUCAAUUGUGAAAUAACACGCAAUAACACGAAUCAGUCUGCUUUGUGUUUGUGCAAAGACGACAGCUAACAUCACACAAUCGACGCAAAUUACAGACGCUGUAUCAGCAUCCAUUGUUCGAAACAGGACUUUGGAUAACACUUGUGUGUACGACAUCAUUCGUUAGCCCUGCAUCGAAAAAUUACACCACAUCAAAUGGAUCCACGAAACGUCGAAGGUGAACUGGCAAAAGGAAUGGAUGAACCACAGCAGAACAUGGACAUUGAACAACCACCGCAAAUCUUCAAAUUGAACGUUGAUUGCUUCGAAAAAGUGUUUGAUUAUCUAUCGAUCAAAGAUCUACACUCUUUUGGACAAACGUGCAAGCGAAUGCAACGGGUGGCCGGUCAUUUUUAUCAACAAGAAUUUUCCGAAAAUCCUUUCGAGCAUAAUAGUGGAUACGUUGGUUUUCGUGAAUAUACCGGGAAGCUAUCAAUUCAUUGUUUGUUAAGAUGUAACAACCUCAAUUUGGCAGACGUUGAAUGGGAAGUAUACAAAUCAGUCAAGCGUCUCCAUGUCACUGGAGCUAAUUGGGAACAAAUCAAAAUGAUACCCAAGAAAUUCUUGAACCAAAUCGAAGAGGUUACCUUUAAUCUUUGUUAAUUGAAAGAACCAUUUGAAAGUGUUCUUACACGACUCACAAACGCAAGAAGCUUGAAAAUUGAAAUGAGUGAUUUUAAUGAUGAAUGGAUCACCCAAAAGAACCCGAAACUGGAGCAUUUCACAUGGUUUACUAAAACCCAUCUAAGUGCUGACAAAUUACAAACGUUUUUGCGGCAAAACCCUACUAUUUGUUCGCUAUCAACGCAAUUUUGGCUUUUACCGAACGAAACCGCAAUGAUGGAACUCAAAUUGGACGACUUGUGGAUUACGACGGAUUCGCUACAACAGCAUGACUGCGAAUACCUAAAUAUGUUACAUGCCAAGGGCGUAUACAAACGAUUACAUAUUAACGCCAAUGCAACUCAAACGGUUGUCGACAGAAUGAGCUCAUUGAAGUCCCUCGUUAGAUUCAUUGGAACCGACAUUGGAGAAAUGGUCGAUUUGUCAUCACUUGUGAACUUAGAAGUGUUUACAUUUAUUAACCUGAGCGGAAAUUGUGCAAACGUUGCAAACAAACCGGCACUGGCGAAGAGCCUUCAAAACCUCAAUGAGGUGAAUUUUGCUGUGGCUGAUAUCGAUGACAUUUUACCGUUUGUGCACCUUUCACCAAAAUUAAAGAAGGUCGUCGUCUUCGUCCUUCCAUCAAGUAAAAAUCCUAACCAAGCCAUCCAUCCAGUUGCGAUGAACCGUGAACGUGAAAAGCUGUUGGCCAAAACGUUGUACGUCAGCAAAGUGACGAUUUACAUCCACGAAUCGAAAUAUCUGGCAACGAAGUGGAAAACAACGGAGAUCGACUUGAAGCUCAUCGAAAUUAAGCGUAUUUAAUCGCUUGGCUACUGAUGCCACGACCAUUGAUUUUGAAAAAUACGUAAAUGAGAUUACUGAUAAAACGAACAACUAAAAUAAGAAACUUCCCAUUUGAAUAAAUAGAAUAAUCUACGCUUAUACAACUCUAAUACACUGAAUAAAAGCAAAUGAAGCGAACCGAAUUAAUGUAAAAGUUGUGUUGUUUGAUGAUUUUAAUUAGCACACUUUUAGCAUAUAUGGAUUGUUUUUAGGUAUUAUUAUCGUUUCCAGG